ACGCCUAGUUUUUUCUUUUUCACAUAUUUUUGUUAGCUCAAUAAACAAAGUAGUGUACGGAUGUGCCAAUAACAUCCGCCCACAAAGAAGCUGUUAUAGAAUUAUGCAAUAAGAGGUAGCUGGUCUACUCUGCCCUAAUAAGGAGCAACUACCUAAAAAAAGAAGAAGAAGAAGAACAAGGAAAAGCCACAAACAAAAGUUUGAUAUAUUUUUAUUUAUAUUGUUAUGUAGUCCAACGAAUAAUAAGUUUGUGAAUUUAUUUCUUAUACAGAAUGGAACAGGACGAAGUUGUACUUGAAGAUGGAGAGCUUUCAAAUGAUUCAGAUCAAUAUACACCUCUGGAACGACCAACAAACUAUUCACGUUCUCAGCCUAUGCCAAGACUUCCAGUCGACAAUACAACUGAGAGUGAAGAUAACUCCAACUCCAGUUCUAGUGACUCAGACUCCUCUUUCAAAAGAAAUAAAAGAGCCAGAAUUAAAAUAAAACCCAGAGCAAGACUCCAGAAUUCUAAUCGAAAAAAAUACGAUAUUUGGAGCUCAAGACUCAGAGAGGAUGGACUAUCUGAGACCCUCAAUAACUGUGAUGUAACCCAAAAAGAUAGGUCUCGAGAAGUUGAAUCUUACGAUUAUACCUUAGCAUACAAGUUUCAUAAUGAAGAGAAAAGUCCAUUUUGCAACAAUAAAAAUAACAAAAGAACUUUUGAUGAUAGGAAUGAUAUUAAUUUCAAACAAAGAAAAAGAUCCCCAGGUAGCAAAAAAAUGAAAGGAAGUAAAAGGGUUAUUUUAGCCCUGAAGACAGAUGUGAACAGUGAUACAGAAGUAUUAGCAAAAGAUAUAGCCAAUAAAUUAUAUGAAGAAAAAGAAGACCUAAUAAAAAAAGUUAUAGUUUCUCUUGGAAAGCAGAGAGCUAUAGAUAUAUUUGAGGAGACAAGGAGAAUAGAAGAAGAAGGUGGUAUGCUUAUAAUGAAUCAAACAAGAAGAAGGACACCAGGUGGAGUGUAUCUAUUUUUGGUAAGACACGAUUAUCAUAUCACACCAGAUCAGAAAACAGAAAUAUUUGGAGAGGAACGACAGAGAAAUAAAAAAAUGAUCAAGGAAAAGCAGAAGGAAAAGACUCAGAAAUUGAAGCAUGAAAUUGCAGCGUCAAGGACUAAGAUACUUCCUGAUUUACUUACAAGAGCCGAGCUUUUGGCAUCUCAAAAUCCAUCAAGGAAAGUGAAAGAGACUGAUGAGUCGGACUUUGUUAAUCCACCACCAACUCCAGAAACCGAUGGUCAUGAGAAUAGUGGAGAUGAUAUGGAUGAACAACCUUCACCUAUUAUAAAUGCUGGCAGCAAUACUCUAGAAAAUUCCAGGGGAAAAUUGAAUACUUAUGACGAUGAUUUUCUUGAUAUAGGGUGUACAGUUGAUAUGGACAUGUUUUGAGGAUUCCACUGGAGGAUUGUUAUGAACAUUUUAUGAACUAUAUUAAUGUAAUAACCAAAACGAAUGUUUAGUUUUAUAUUACAUUGUGUUCAUCUUUAUAUAAUAAUUAAAAUGUUUUCUUAAGCA